UCAGACCCAGGAAGGUGAAACCAUGUGAGCUGCUUGCCCUGAAGACAGUCUACUCACAGAGAGGAGGCUCCCCCAGAGUCCUGACUGGCUUCGUAGGGAGCAGUUUCAGAGCAUCACCCCGGUGAUUCCAUGACAACUGGUGGUAGCAGUGGGAUAAACUGCACCCCGUGGUUGGAGCAUUCUGCAGUAAGUGACUGGGGAGCAGUAAAACAAAGGGGGAUUAGCGAGAGACGGGCGUGCUGAAGGCUCAGAGAGGUGCGGUUCUAGGAGGCGGAGGAGCCUACGGCUUAACCCUGAGAUAGAGUGGACCCCCGAGAAGGGCUGUCGAUUCUUCCCAGGGACCGUGGGGAGCUGAGAAACCACAGGCCUGUGAGUCCGUGACCACUUGGGAACAGCGAGGAGAUAGCCUAUAAGUAUCUCCUUAAGAAGAACGUUGUAGAGCUGUGCAGAGAGAGAGGGCUACGCAUUGGAAAGCUCACGAAGGCACAGCUGAUUGCUUGGUUGGAAGAGGAGGAUCGCUUUAAGGAGCCGGUUCCUGGGGCCGCGAGAGAGGCUGGGAACCGCCAGGCAGCCCCAGGGCCUACACCAGUUUCCGAGCGAGCUGGGGCCCAGGGAGGGGCUGAGAGCAGCCAGGCAGCUCUGGGAUCCACCUCCCCGACCAGAAGGGGAUCUUCAUGGCUGUAGGUGGAGCUGAAACGGGAAGAGCUGAAGGACCAGGAGAGACAGAGGCAGCAUGAACGGGCAAUGGCGGAGCUGAGAGGCAGCUGGGGGAACAGCAACGGGGGACCCCAUGGCAGACCCCACGUGCCGCGAGCCCCCCGAUGGGGGCUGGGGCUGGAUGGUGGUGCUGGCCGGCUUCCUCCAGUCAGCACUGGUUUUCGGGGUGAUCCGCUCCUUCGGCGUCUUCUUCAUGGAGUUUGUGGGGUACUUCGGAGAGCUUGCGGGACGUGUCUCCUGGGUCACUUCCAUCGGGAUCGCGGUGCUGCAGCUAGGGGGUCCGGUGAGCAGCGCCCUCAGCACCCAGUACGGCGCCCGCCCCGUGGUGAUGGCCGGGGGCCUCCUCUCGGGGCUGGGCAUGCUCCUGGCUUCCUUCGCCACCAGCCUGACCCACCUGUACCUGAGCAUCGGGCUGCUCUCAGGGCUGGGCUGGGCCUUGGUUUUCACCCCUUCCGUGGCUUCUGUGGCCCAGUACUUCGCCAAGCGGCGGACCUUCGCCACGGGCCUGGCUGUCUCGGGGGCGGGCCUGGCCUCCUUCGCCUUCUCCCCACUCUUCCAGCUGCUGGUGGACACCUACGCCUGGCGGGGAGCCCUCCUGGUGGUGGCCAGCAUCUCCUUCAACCUGGUGGCCGCCGGGGCUCUGCUGCGGCCGUUGGAGACAGAGGGUAACAAGGCGUCCGCGCCGGAGGCGGGGUGGCUGUGGCUGCCAGCCUUCUCCUCCCUCUGCCAGCCACGCCUGGCCUGCCACAGGCCCUUCCUCCUGUUCGCUGCGGCCUUCGUCCUGGUGGACACCGGCUACUACGUACCCUACGUCCACCUGGUGCCCCACGCCCGGGAGCUGGGCUUUGACGAAUACCGAGCCGCCUUCCUCCUGUCCUCGGCCGCUGUGGCUGACCUGUGCGGCCGCGUGGCGGGUGGCUGGCUGGCCGACCGCUUCGCCGUCCGCCUGGUCCACAGCCUGAUCCUCUGGACCGUCCUGACGGGCCUCUCCAUGGUGCUGCUGCCGCUGGGGCAGAGCUACUCCCUCCUGAUGGGCCUCUGCAUCUGCUACGGCUUCUGCGCCGGUGCCCUGGUGCCCCUCCAGUUUUCCGGCAUGGCGGAGAUUGUGGGAACGGGGCGCAUCAUGGAGGGGAUUGGGCUCAUGCAAAUGAUGGAAAGUGCUGGCUCCCUCGUGGGGGCCCCUCUGUCUGGUUGGCUGCGGGACAUGACUGGGGACUACACGGCCUCUUUCAUUGUAGCUGGGGCUUUUCUCCUCGCUGGAAGUUUGCUCCUUCUUGCCCUGCCAAACUAUUUCUCCUGCCCCAUGGACUCGACAACUGAGGAGGAGACCAUGGGGGACCCCUGAGACUUUAGCUCCUGGGGGGGGUUGUCCCAGAGAGCCAGAUUGGAAGUGAGAGGUCAGCAGGGGGCAGAGCAUCAAGUAUACGGAUCCAGCUGAUAGGUGUCUGCUUCUUCGCUGGCCAUCAUAAGACGGUUGGAGGAUGCAUAAGAGACGGAAGGAGGGAGCUACCCAGUCUAGAUCCACUCCUCUUUGCAAGCUGGUGUCCAGAGCAUCCUAGAUCUUUCAGGCUAGAAAGGACCCCGAUGGUCCCCUAGUCUGACCUUCUGCACAGCCCAGAGAACUCCAGCCCAUAUCUGGUGGUCGAGCUAGUGGGUAGCUUCCGGUCUUGACUUAAAAGGACACGCGUGACGGAGAAGACGCCACCACUGUAGGGGAAAUUGGCCCCACUGGUUAAUUGCCCUCCCCAUGAAAAAUUUGCACUUGAUUGGCCCACUAGUGAAGGUCGUCUCCUCCCCUUGA